AUGGCUAUCACUCAGUCUGUUUGGGGCCUGACUGCCCUCGCUGCCUCCGCCGCAGCUCUAUAUGUCAAUGGCAGUGUGACGGCUCCCUGCGACUCUCCCAUCUACUGUCAUGGAGAGCUUCUCAAAGCCAUCCAGCUGGCCGCGCCAUAUUCCGACUCCAAAACCUUUGUCGACCUGCCCACGAUCAAGCCUCUAGACGAAGUCCUGGCCGCAUUCGCCCAGCUCAGCCAGCCAAUCACCAACAACUCCGAACUCAACACGUUCCUGGACACGUACUUCGGCGAUGCCGGCUCGGAGCUCGAGGCGGUGCCGGCGGACGAGCUCACCACCAACGCCACCUUCCUCGAUCACGUCGCCGACGCCGACGUCAGGAGCUUCGUCGGCCAGGUCGUCGACAUUUGGCCCGACCUGACGCGGCGCUACGUGGGCGCCGCCAACUGCAGCGGCUGCGUCGACUCGUUCAUCCCGCUGAACCGCACCUUCGUCGUCGCUGGCGGCCGCUUCCGUGAGGCCUACUACUGGGACUCGUUCUGGAUCCUCGAGGGCCUGCUGCGCACCAAGGGCUCCUUCACCGAGAUCGCCGGCAACAUCAUCGAGAACUUUCUGGACCUCGUCGACACUAUUGGCUUCAUCCCGAACGGAGCUCGCCUCUAUUACCUAAACAGAUCCCAGCCUCCUGUGCUGGCGCUGAUGGUCAAGACGUACGUCGAGUACACCGGGAACACGACCAUCCUCGACCGCGCCAUUCCCCUUUUGGAGAAGGAAUACGAGUUCUGGACCACUAACCGCACCGUAGCGAUCCAAAAAGACAACAAGACGUAUUCCCUGAACCAUUAUGCAGUCGAGAACAAUCAGCCCCGGCCUGAGUCAUACCUGGAGGAUUACCAGACGGCAAACAAUGAAUCCUACUACUCCGAAAACGGAAUCAUCUAUCCCGGUACCGAUCUCAAUGACUCAGCGAAGGCGCUCCUCUACUCCAACUUGGCCAGCGGCGCUGAGUCUGGAUGGGACUAUUCGUCUCGCUGGUUGCGUUACCCCGAAGAUGCUGCCGACGACGUUUACUUCCCGCUGCGUAGCCUGAACACCCGAGAAGUGGUGCCUGUAGAUCUGAAUUCCAUCCUGUAUGGUUGUGAGACGGCCAUCGCCGAGUUCCAUAAUCUGACCGGUAACGACACUGCGGCCGCCCAGUGGAGUGAGCGAGCGGCGGAUCGCAGCAAAGCCAUCUACGAUCUCAUGUGGAACGAGGACCAUUUUGCCUACUUCGACUACAACUUAACCUCUCAUAGCCAGAACGUCUUCAUCGUUGCUGACAAUACCUCGACCACUAAUGAGACGUCGGGAGCUGAGGCACCCAAUGGCGAGCAGCUAUCUUUCACGCCGGCCCAAUACUAUCCGUUCUGGACAGGGGCAGCGCCGGAUUCGCUCAAGAACAACCCCCUCGCUGUCAGAAACGCGUACUCGCACGUGGUGCAGCUACUAGACGAGAAUCCAGGCGGUCUUGCCGCUACCAACCUGGCGACCGGUGAGCAGUGGGAUCAGCCAAACGUGUGGCCCAACCUCCAGUACGUCAUCAUCAAGGGUCUGCUCAACGUUCCUCCUACCUUUGGCGAAGACGACGAGGAGUACGUCUGGACGCAGGACACUGCGCUCAGGAUCGCCCAAAGGUACCUGGAUUCAUCUUUCUGCACAUGGCGAGCGACAGGAGGCUCGACGCCGAGCUUUCCGAAGAUCGACGGUACUGAGGGAAAUGGCAUCAUGUUCGAAAAAUACUCUGACGAGAACAUCAAUGCAGCGGGUGGAGGCGGCGAGUAUGAAGUGGUCGAAGGGUUCGGCUGGAGCAACGGGGUGCUGAUCUGGGCCGCGGACGUGUUUGGACAGAAGUUGCAAGUGCCAGACUGCGGCGAUGUGGCGGCGGCAGAUGCAAGCGAUGGCGACUCGAGCGCGAGGCGCAGGGCUCGCCGCACCACCAUGGGGAUCAGCAAGCGGGACCUGCGCCGGGUGAAGAGUUUUCGUAGGGUCAACUGA